GGGACUCAAACGUCGGCGGCUUGUCGCGGAUACUAAAGAUUGAUACCGAGAACUGAUAGAUAUUGUAUGAGCUUGUUGAAUUUGAGAUUUAGAGGAGUUGUUCUGAGAUGUGUUCAAAUUUCAUGGUUACUACUUGAGGAUUGUGUAACAGCCAACAAAACUCACGCUCAAGCCCACGUUGGGCAACAGGAUCAAAAGCUCUUCCAUCGCGCAUUAAACACCAAAAGUCACAUUAUAACAACAACGAUAUACAAAAACACAGUCUUGAUAACUUUACCGCCCGUUGAUUAAAGCCGUCUCAACACUAGACUCUUCCUCCCCCGCAAUGCUCUCCAUUCUCCAUGACUUAGACGCCAUCUUCCCCACGCCGACGUUUGCCGCUCACCGGGAACUCUGUUCCUCACCCAAUCCCUUUGCAUAGUUAUCGCGGUCUUAUCAUGACGAGGACUCUGCAGGUCACCCUAGUAAACUGAUUCAGCCCAUAUACAGGCACGGCUCUCCAGGGUGAUCACCGUUUGCCAGCUCCUCCAACGGCAUAGACCGGCUUUAACUUAUACCCAAAUUCUACGGCCAACACCAAC